AUGGCUCAGAAUGGAAGGAAAGCAGCAAUGGCCAACUCCACAAGCGAUUCAAAGAUGAGACAAGUCAUUGAAGAUCUGACAAAAGGCCUGAAAGAACUCUGUGGGAGCCUUGAAGAUGAGAAGAGCGAGAAGGCAUUGCUGCAAUCACAGCUAGAACAGCAUCACCUCAUAUGUAUGUUGAAGAAAAAAGUAGAGGAUGCAUAUAAACAAUGCAGAGGCCUGGAGCAACAAAAUGUGGCACUGGAGAAACUGAGGAGAGAGGAUGCCGUGAAGAUGAAAGCCCAGACCCAGCAGAUUCAGUGUUUGGAGCGGUGCUUCAAGGAUCUGGCUGACAACCAUGAAAAAAUGAUCCAGCUCAAGGAUGAACACCGGGAACAGAACAUACAGCUGCAGGAGGAGAACAAGCGCCUGCGGCAGGAGAACCAAGUGCUCUUCGGUCAGGCUAUGAAGGAGAAGGAAGCUGAAGUGCUCCAGCUUGCUGCCCAGGCCAGGAAGCUCUCGGAGCAGUUAGACUCCUUACAGGAGAAAUGUGCUUACGAGACCUGCAGGGCACAGGAGCGAGAAGAGGAGCUGCUGGAAGCUAAGAGCCAGCAAGCCAGCGCCUACACCUGGGAGCUUGAUUCCUUAAAGCACCACCUGCAGUGCCUACAGGAGCAGCACGAACAAACCCUGGCAAAGGUAAAGCACAUGGAAAGCCAGCAGAGAGCCCAGGACAGUGAGUUGCGAGCCAGGCUGCAGACGGCCAACGAGGAGAAAAAGCAGCUCCUGAACCUGGCCACGGAGAGAGGCAAAGCUCUGCAGGACAAGCAACAGGAAAUUCAGCAGCUGUGGAAGAAGCUGGAGACGGCAGAGAAAGCCAAACGGAAAGCAGAGAAGCGCAUGGUGAAAGAGGCAGCAGCAGCAGACAGUGAGCUGAAGGUGCAGGAGCUGCAGCAAGAGCUGGAAAGCAGCAAGCAGGCGUACAAUGAACUCGCGCUGCACUUCAAUGCCUACAGGAAGCACAGUGAGGAUUUACUGACAAAAGAGAAAGCGCUGAAUGUCAAACUCCGUCAUUUGCUUGUGUAA